GUAUUUCUAGGGGCUAAUAACCAUAAUGAAUUUAUGUCCUCUUUUAAUAGAAAUUAAAAUGGCUUCUGAAAAUGUAGCAAUGGGAAUUUUUCUCUUGACCCAGAUUACAGUUGGAAUGCUUGGCAAUUCCUCAAUACUAUUUCAUUACGUCAUUUUGAUGUUCACUGGGAAGCGUUUAAUGCCCAAAGACCUUAUCGUAGAGCACUUGACUUUUGCCAACUACUUGUUUAUCGUCUCAAAAGGCAUUCCGCAGACACUGUCCGAUUACGGAUUUAAAGAUUUCCUGGAUGGUUUGGGGUGUAAAUUGACAAUGUAUAUGUACCGAAUAACAAGAGGAAUGUCCCUUUAUGCCAUGUGCCUACUGAGUUGCUUCCAAGCAAUCACAAUCUGCUCUAGCAACUCCAUGUGGAUGAAGCUCAAACACAGAGCCCCCAAGUACAUCGGUCCCUCCUGUUCACUCAGCUGGCUCGUGCAUCUGUUUUUAAACAUCUUGACUCCAGCAAGAGUGUCAGGACCCAGGUACAACAAAAAUGUCACUGACAGGAUGAGUUAUGGGUACUGCUCCUGGUCUGCUUCGGGCAAUCUUGCAACUGCACUCUAUUUGCUCUUACUGUGUUUCUCUGAUGGACUGUUUUUGGGUCUCAUGGCCUACUCAAGUAUCUCCAUGGUGAGUAUGCUUUAUAGGCAUAAAAGACAAGUCAAGCAUAUUCACAGUGCCCAGCACUUACUAAAAGUAUCACCGGAAAACAGAGCCACUAAAACUAUCCUCGUCUUGGUGUGCACAUUUGUCAUCUCUUACACAUUCUCUUCCAUUGUGGUCAUCUUCACGACCUACUUUAAGUACCCGAUGCUAUGGGGAGUAAGUGUAUUUACAUUCCUAGAAAUAUGUUUUCCCAUAUUUUGUCCCUUUGUUCUCAUCAGUAACAUGAAGUUUAGUUCCAACAUGUUUUUACCCUGCUUUAGUAAGAGAUAG